AUGCGUCUCUUGGAAGCCAAAAAGGUGGAAUAUUCUGUCUCUAGAGAUGCAAUCAGCUCUCUUCCAGAUGACAUGCUUGCUAAGAUAUUGUCUGAUCUUCCCACAAAACUAGCUGUUUCCACGUCUGUCCUCUCCAAAAGGUGGAGGAGUCUGUUUCCACUGAUGACUCGUCUCUUUGCUUCUCAACAUCAUUUCUAUCUAGACGACUCUGAUUUACUUUUUCCUGAGGUAAAGAUUUACUUUUUGCACCAGUGGUUUAGAGAUUUCGUGGGAAAAACACUUUCCGGUUGCAAUUCCAUAAAGAAACUCUCGCUAAAAUGUCAAGAUGGUCAUAUCAGUUUCCCUCUUGCCGACAAAUGGAUAGGCAUUGCCUUGGACAGAGGUCUCGUGGAUCUUGAUCUGCGUCUAACAACGAGAGAGCUUAAAGAGGCAGUAUAUUUGCCUAUGUUUAUUGUCUUCAUAAACACGACGCUGGUUAAGCUAACUUUAGGGAUAGAGAUUGGUGCUAUCGGUAUAAAUCCUUUCAAAGUGUCUCUUCCAGUGCUAAAGAGUCUCUUCUUACAUGGAGUUUGCUUUAGAUGCGAGCAACUGUGCUAUAUGAUGCUUCCUGGUUGUCCUGUACUUGAGGAAUUAUCCUUCGAGUUUUACCUUUGCACUUACCUAAAACAUUCUUCAUACUUAAAUAUCUCCAACAAAACCCUCCAGAGACUCACAGUUCACUACAAUGGCAGUAUGCCAUACUCUGACUUCGUGACAUUCGACACACCGAGUCUUGUUUACCUCGAUUUCUCUGGUCACGCUCCUGCGAAACAUUUUACAAAACCUGACAAUAUCUUGGAUUCCCUUGUCGAAGCCAAACUAGAUGUUGAUGUGCCAGAGAUCCAGAGACAAACUGGAGAUCAUCUACCUACGAUCAUCUGGUGGGUGAGGAACGUUAAGAACCUUACCCUGUCUUCUACUACUGUUAAGGAAAUGUAUGCAAGCGAUACAGAAUUACCUUCCUUUGUAAAUCUUGUUAAGCUUUCUAUAGAGAGUGAUACAAAAAAGGGCUUGCACUGUAUAAGAGAUGAGGGAUAUUGCAUUGGUCCAAGUGAAGUGAAGGUGUUGGAGAUAUAUGGGUUUAGAGGAAGUGUUGGAGAAUUUUCACAGUCCAGGUGGUUUUUAUGUCAAAUGCAUCUUCUUCGUGUGAUGAGAGUGGAAAUUGAUGCUGAUGAUGAUAUCAAGAAACUCCAACUCAUCAGUGACCUUCUUGCUCUUCCUCCUAAGGGUUCAUCUAAAUGCAAAUUCCAGUUCUUGUGA